ACAGCAUCUGACGGACAGUGGGAUUACAAUCAAAGCAGUUUAAUGAAGAGGAAAAAAAUUGCGUCCUAGAACAAAUUAAAAUUCUCGCAUUCAAGGGAGAGCAUUCCAUUCACAACCAAUUGGAUGAGAGUCUUAUUAGCCCUUGGCAACUAAAGAUGAUGUUUCCAUGGAAACAAAUUGUUCUGCUAUCAAUCACUGGAUGCCUUGCAGCCUGUACAGAGGAUGUCAUAUUUCAAGGGCCAAGAUGGAGGACGGCGCCAAGUGACCUCAUUUUACCAAUCAACUCCCCAGACCAGCAGGCUACCAUCGUGUGCGAGGCAGAAGGGAGCCCUCCUCCACAGUACAGAUGGUCACUAAACGGAACACUCAUUGAUCUGGGGAAUGACUACCGGCGUCACAUGUCUGGGGGCAGCCUGAUCAUUAGCAACCUGGACAAGGACCAAGACACCGGGGAGUACCAGUGCACGGCCUUCAACACAUGGGGCUCCAUCCUCAGCCGCAGAGCCAGCCUCCAAUUUGCAUAUCUUGACAACUUCAAAACCCAAACGGUGAGGAGUGCUGUCAACGUCCGUGAGGGCCAAGGAGUGGUUCUGUUAUGUGGACCACCUGCACAUUCUGGAGAGCUGGCAUUUGCAUGGAUCUUCAAUGAAUACCCAUACUUCGUCCAACAAGACAGUCGUCGGUUCAUCUCUCAGGAGACAGGGAGUCUGUAUAUCGCUAAGGUGGAGCCCUCAGAUGUGGGAAACUAUACCUGUGUGGUGAACAACACCGUCACGAGGGAGAAGGUGCUCAGCUCUCCAACACCACUGGUCCUCAGAAGUGACGGAGUAAUGGGUGAAUAUGAACCCAAAAUAGAAGUUCAUUUCCCUGAUUCGGUUCCAGCUGCGAAGGAGUCGGUAGUGAAACUGGAAUGCUUCGCUCUGGGAAACCCCGUCCCAGAAAUCAGCUGGAGGAGAACCAGCGGCGUCCCUUUCCCCAACAAAGUCAAAAUGAAGAAUUCAAACGGCGUCCUUGAAAUCCCUAAUUUCCAGCAGGAAGACGCGGGGACGUACGAAUGUACGGCGGAGAAUCGGCGAGGCAAAAAUGCUGCGCGGGGUCGUAUUUCAUUCCAUGCUAAACCUCACUGGCUCCAGACAAUGACGGACACGGCUUUGUCCAUCGAGGAAAAUCUCUUCUGGGAGUGUAAGGCCAAUGGAAAGCCUAAACCGUCCUACAGCUGGCUGAAAAAUGGGGAGCAAGUGAUGGCAGAGGGCCGGGUACAAAUCGAAAACGGGGCCCUUUCUAUAGCUGCGUUAAACCUGUCAGAUUCCGGGAUGUAUCAGUGUGUGGCUGAAAACAAACAUGGCAUUAUUUAUUCCAGUGCCCAACUAAUGGUGUUAGCUUCACCUCCCAGUUUCUCCAAAAGUCCGUUAAGGGCCCUGCUAAAAGCUCGCUCAGGCAGCGAAGUCACUCUUGAAUGCAAGCCUCAGGCCUCGCCCCCAGCAAUUAGCCUGUGGAAGAAAGGGAAUGAGAUCCUGCAGAGGACUGAAAGGAUUACUUUGCUUUCCAAUGGAACAUUAAAGAUUGCCAACGUAACCAGACGGGAUGCAGCCACCUACACGUGCAUCGCUAAGAACCAGUUUGGGACAGCAAGCACAACUGGGAGGCUGCUUAUCACCGAGCCCACCAGAAUCACCAUGAGGCCUACUAACAUGGAGAUUAUUGUUGGCGAGAGCAUCGUGCUACCCUGCCAGAUUGCCUGCGAUCCAGCUCUGGAUGUCUCUUUCUCGUGGGCAUUCAACGGCCAGCUCAUCGACUUCCAGCGAGACAGCAAUCAUUUUGAAAGAGUGGGCGGGAGUAUAUCAGGGGAUCUGAUGAUUCGUAACAUCCAGCUGAACCAUGGAGGGAAGUAUGUUUGUGUUAUUGAGACUGAUGUGGAGAGCCUGUCCACCUCUGCAAUCUUGGUUGUCAAAGGUCCGCCAGGUCCUCCAGACAAAGUAUCAGUGGAGGAGAUCACUGACAGCACGGCACAGCUUUCUUGGACGCCUGGAAGAGACAACGGCAGCCCCAUCACCGGCUACAUCAUCCAGGGCCGCACGCCUUUUACUGUGGGCUGGCAGGCUGUAGACACAGUACCAGAAGUGGUCAAUGGGAAUAUGCUGACAGCCACAGUGGUGGGUCUGAAUGCCUGGGUGGAGUAUGAGUUUAGGGUGGUGGCUCGCAAUGCCGUAGGCCUGGGAGAGCCCAGCCCAGCCUCAGCCAAGACCAGGACGGAGGAUGCCAUUCCUGAUACAGCUCCCACUGAUGUCGGAGGUGGAGGCGGCACAAAGUCUGAAUUAGUGAUAACAUGGGAGCCUGUGCCCGAAGAACUGCAGAAUGGAGAGGGCUUCGGCUACAUCAUCGCCUUCAGGCCGGUGGGCACGGUCACGUGGACGCGGGCGGUCAUCUCUACAACCGGCGUGGCACGUUACGUCUUCCGCAACGACACCAUCCCGCCCUUCUCGCCUUUUGACGUGAAAGUGGGGGCAUACAACAACCGAGGGGAGGGUCCUUUCAGCUCUAUUGCCUCCGUGUAUUCGGCGGAGGAAGUCCCCAGUGUGGCUCCUAAGAGGGUUAGGGCUAGAAGUGUGUCUGCAGCACAAAUUGAAGUGAUCUGGGAAGCUCUCCCUGCCAUCCCUGAAAGAGUGCUUGGAUAUGAGGUUGUGUACUGGGAAGACGACACCAAACCUGACACUGUUGGCAAAGUGCGCAUAUCUGGAAACUACACGCUGGUUAACAUCACAGGGCUGAAAGCGAACACAGUGUACUACCUCUCUGUGGCUGCUUUCAAUACAGCUGGCCCUGGGCCGCAGUCGGCACCCAUCAACACCACCACAAAAAAACCACCUCCAGACCGGGCUCCUCUCAACAUACAAUGGACCAUGAUUGGCUCCAUGCUCACGCUGCACUGGGAUCCUGUAGUAGCCAUGGAGACAGAGUCAAAGGUCACUGGAUAUUUGGUGCUGCUAAAGAGACAUCGCUACAAUGACAUCAACACCAUCUUGACCAACAAAACCACGGCGGAGCUCAGCCUCUCCACCAAUGACAACUAUCUAAUUCAGAUCAAGGCCACAAGUGAGGGUGGCGACGGUGUGGGCAGUGAACCCAUCCACAUCCACAAACUAAGCAUGGGAGCGCGGGGCUCAGGAGCGAGCGCCUUUAGCCCGUUGUACCUCUCUGCAGUCCUCAUCAGUGCACUGCUCUGCUCCAUCUGGUGA